ACCGGGAUGGGUGGUACGUGGCCUCUGAGAUCAACACACCGCUUUUAUCCACCAGCUGGGGAUGGUUUAUUUAGCUGAAAUAGUGAAAUCGUAGGUGCUCUCACCUCUACCCACUAAAAUAUAUUUCACAGAGAGAUGCAAUGCUGGAGUCAAUAAAAGUUACCAAGCUCUUGCAUUGGCCGGAGAUGGAGAUGACCAGGCAGUGUGUGCUGAGUCCCCUGGGGAACUCCUACAGGUGGCCCAAGAGAACACAGCACCUCUCCUCCGCGAGCCAGGACUAUGGGGCCUACAGCUGCUCUCCUCCCCCUCCACAGGGGAGGGGCUUAGCCCUUCAGGGGCAUCCUAUUGGUCUGUGCCCUCGCCCCAUCAGCAUGCCCAAGAGGGCUUGCAUCAAACUCCCCAAGCUGGCCAAAGGCAGAAGGGCGCAAGACGGGAAGAAUUCGGCAAGGAAGCCGUGCAUUCUCUCGGCGAUUAAACCCUCCAAUGUGGACAGCGAGAAGAUCAAGUUCUUCAAGUCAGACUUUACAUAUAAUCCCCAGUUUGUGUACAGCAGCCCAGUGUCUCCGCAGGUGCUGGAGAAGCACAACACCGCCUCGGAUCGUUUCCUCACCCAGGCGGUGCGAAUUAUGGAACUGGCCCUUCACAAGUACGGCACUUAUGAGAAGUUUGAGCAGGCUACUGGGGGUAACCUGCUGACCAAGAACCAAAUCUGGUCUCACGUGAAGAAAUACAUGGAGAAAGAAGGGUGUGUAGGAGAGAUUGUAGUACAUGUGACAGAUGACCUGCUCUCCAGGGCCUCUAUGACUGUACUGCAAGGCAGACCUACUCUCUCCAUUAACGUGAACACUGCCAGGGAGCACUGGCUCGAGGGCUUGCUUAGACAUGAGAUUGGCACCCACUACUUCCGAGGCAUGAACAACAGACUGCAGCCCUGGGGCCAAGGAGCGGGACGGCAGCGUCUCAACCUGCAUCCGCUCAACCCCACUGAGGAGGGCCUAGCAAGCAUCCACAGUGUGCUGUUCCGUCCCGACCCGCUGCUGUGGCGUGCCGCGCUGCUCUACUACACCGUGUACCACGCCAGCCGCACCUCCUUCUCACAGCUCUUCCGCGACCUAGGCCAGUUCGUCCGCGACCCGGUCACGCGCUGGGACUACUGCUUGAGGGCCAAGCGUGGCCAGACUGACACGUCGCAGCCAGGCUGUUUCAGUAAAGACCAGGUUUAUCUGGAUGGAAUCCUGAAAAUACUGAGGUAUAGACAGAGGAUUGACUUCCAGCUCCUCACUGCCCUCGGGAAGGUAUCGUACGAGGACGUGGAACGGCUGAAGGGCCUGGCUGUGAUGGAGCAUGUGCGAAUCCCACACUUCUUGCAGAACCAGGCACGGUACACUGAGCAGCUCCACAAGAUCAUGGAGGUCAACCAGCUAACAGAUGAGGAGCUACGCACACUCAUCUGAGCAUGCUCAGAGCUACCAGCGCUCUUCUGAGCAUGCUCAAACCGUACCAUCCCCACUUAGAACAGCUGCGCCCAAUAACUACCAGCAACUCCGAACUUUGAAGGUUAUCGUGGCGAUAAAUUUCCUCUCUCUCAAUCGACACUGAACGUAGUCAUGUACUCUCACCUGGUGCUUUUCUGAUGAAUGCAUUUACUCUCCCCAAGGUUAUUUUCCAUGGUGUCUUCAUGCUUACUGUCCUUUCUGUUGUCACCGUCAUUCAAAGAUGUGCAGAUAUAGCCACAGGCACGUGUUUGGAGAUGAACAUGUCCUUUUAUUUUUUUACUGCAUACCUGCGUUGACACUGUGUAGCUUGUUCUCGGCUAAAGUCAUGUACACCUUGGUUUGGCAAAAUUCAUUAUGACUGUCUUUAUUUUCCCUGCACUGGCUGGGUAGUGGUAGGUACUACCUUGGUACAUGCUGUUCAGGAAGUUAGCUGGGGGCGGUGUUCCAAAUUAGUGAGUGAAGCCAUUUUUGAAGCUGCUAUGGUUUUUCAUUUGUGUAGUGCUUUUUGAAUCCUGUGUGCGGAAUCCUGACUCUUUUAGAUGACUGGUAGUGGGUGGUGCUGAAUAAAUGCACAUUCUUGUUGUGAUUUUGAUUCCCAUCAGCACUUACUAUGAUUUUCCUGUUUUCUGAGAUUUAUGACUCUUUGACCAUUACAUUCCAUCUCCUUGUAGACGGAAAUUUCCAGAAGCUCCAGAAAGUAAUUAAAAAUAUAUAUAUAUAUUAGCAUGGAUUGUCCUUUCAUGACCAGUUGUUAACAGAGGUUACACUGUUGUACACUUUGUGUCUAUGACUACACUAAGGUGGAACCUUUGUGCUGGUCAUAUUUUCACCAAUAGUGGGAAGUUCAUUGUUCACUACCUGAAGCUCCCGCCAGUGAGAAUUCACUGCUGUGUGAACUGUGGUGUGUGGCCUGCUUUGC